AUGUGUCAACUUCAGAUUACCUCCUACGGCUGUGCUGCAAAUACACCCCCUCCUGAUGUCCCAACGGCCUUACUAGCACCCGCUCCAACGCCGUCUCUACCCCCUUCGGCCACGACCACGUCUCCGACUCCCCAUACUCCUGCGCCGAGCUUGUCCUCCUGCAGCCCUCCUUCACCCACAAAGCCAGUGUGCACGGCGAAUUCGCCGACUACCACGACCGCAUCGGCCACAUCGCCGACUGCUCGUCCCCGCCUCGGACAUGCAAGCCAUGCUCGACUUCCAAGACGAGCACUACGACUCCGCGCUACCCAUGUGUCUCCACAUGGCACGCCAACAUCGCUCGAUGCUGCAUCCGCCCAGCUUGCCGCUGCGUACACGCGCAUCAUCGACGUCAUGCUCGGUUGCGCUCCGUUGGAAUUCAUCCCUGCCCACAGCACGCACUUGACCAACGCAAACCGUGGCUUUUUCAAAAGUACGCCGUCUGUAGAUGAUAUCAUAGCACGGUCAUUUUGA